GCCCUGCUCGGCCCGACCUCCACCCCUGCACCGCUCCCAGAUCUGCUCUUAACCUGCCGCUGCCUGCCGGAGCUUUCGGAGGAGGAUUCCGGCGUUACGGAUCCGUCGUGAGAAAAAAGGUGCGGUUUGGUUGGCGGGUGCGGAGUAAUGCCCGCUGCGUGGCGAGUUGAUCCUGUUGCCCCCCACUGACCUGCUCAUGACCCCAGGAAGCGGCGUAAUGGCGCGCCGAGGCUCCUCGCACUCCAAGGUGACCGUCACGGUAGACGAGUACAGUUCGAACCCCACGCAGGCCUUCACCCACUACAACAUCAACCAGAGCCGCUUCCAGCCUCCCCACGUGCACAUGGUAGAACCCAUUCCGUACGAUGCGCCGAAACCGGCGGGUCACACACGUUUCGUGUGCGUCUCAGACACACACUCGAGAACAGAUGGCAUCCAGAUGCCGUACGGCGAUGUGCUGCUCCACACGGGCGACUUCACCGAGCUCGGCCUGCCCUCCGAGGUGAAGAAAUUUAACGACUGGUUAGGAAAUGUGCCGUACGAGUAUAAGGUGGUGAUCGCCGGGAAUCACGAGCUGACGUUCGAUAAGGACUUCAUGGCCGACCUGGUGAAGCAGGACUACUACCGCUUCCCGUCGGUGUCCAAACUGCGACCCGAGGACUUUGAUGACGUUCAGUCUCUGCUCACGAACUGCAUCUACCUGCAGGACAGCGAGGUCACCAUCAAAGGGUUCAGGAUAUACGGCACCCCCUGGACGCCCUGGUUUAAUGGCUGGGGAUUCAACUUGCCUCGCGGUCAGUCUCUGCUGGAUAAGUGGAACCAGAUCCCUGAGGACAUUGACAUCCUCAUGACUCAUGGGCCUCCUCUAGGGUUCAGAGACUGGGUACCCAAAGAGCUGCAGCGAGUAGGUUGUGUGGAACUACUCAACACGGUACAGAGACGGGUCCGACCCAAACUCCACGUCUACGGGGGCAUUCAUGAAGGUUAUGGUCUGAUGACGGACGGAUACACGACGUUCAUCAACUCGUCCACGUGUACAGUCAGUUUCCAGCCCACCAAUCCACCAAUCGUAUUCGACCUUCCCAACCCAGGGAGCUCGUGAAAUCCCCCACCCAGAUAUCCCAAUUUUUUUACUCUCCAGCUCUUCUUAACUUUAAAGUAUUGUCUUUUGUACUGCUUGUAUUUAAAAAAAAAAAUGAUGCAUGGAUAUGUAAUAUUUUUAAAAAAAUGUAAGAUCUUGCCAUUUGAAUAAUGAUUUG